AUGACGCCCGACUAUAAGCACCCAGCCCUUGAUGUGGGCAUUGACUACAACGUUGUCGCUGGCAUCGUUUGUCUGGACAUGUUUGCUGGUUUCCUGUGGUAUGGUCCCGUGUUUGGCGAUGCUUGGGCGCGUGCAAUGAAAAAGGAUCGCGCCAACUUUCCUCAAACGACCAACAUGGGCGCGGCACUGCUGGGCUCCUUGGUGGCGAGCGUUAUGCACACGCUGUUUUUAGCGCACAUGCUGCCUCAUCUGAUCCAUGGAGUGACCAAGGAUGGUGGCUUUCAAACCGACAUGGCGACUCUGACCAUGGGCGCUGUCUGGCUCUGGUCGGGCUUCCAGGCCAGCAUGUCCAUUGAGCAACAUCUCUGGGCUGGAACGGACUACGUGGUGGUCUUGGUUGGCGUGGGCCGCCAGCUGACUCUCUUUUUCUCACACACACACACACACACACACACACACACACACACACAAAUCUGCAUCUGCAAUGGGUGUCUCACCGUUACAACGACUUAUUUGACACGCACGACCAUGAGCGAGCGACCGAGCAUGACCUCCAGUGCUUCUGACGACAGCUGGCCAAGCAACGAACGGCACCAGCCGAUCGGCUUUCCUGAGGAUGACGGCCCCUUGGUUGCUCGAGCUUCCCCGGGAAAUGCGUUUGAUGCCGUGCCGAACAGUGAUACGGCAGAGCCCUCUGGCCAGCCCACCUCAGCAGGUCGUCACUACAACACGUACACGGCGGAAGAAAAGAAAGAAUUCUUGCGGUUGUUGGCACAAACCAACGACGGAGAGCUGCUGAGUGACCGAGAGGUGGCAGACAUCCUAGAGGGCCACUUUGGCAAGUCUUUCCCCGUGUCGACCGUGUCGAGGUGGAGGCGAGAUUUUGAGAAACGUGAGGAGGAGCGUGCGAAUGGAGUCAUUGACGAGGAUGCUCCUCCACUGACACCUUCUCAAGCUCAUGGGCGCCAUCAACUUCUUGAUGAAGAAGACAUUCGCAUUUUGACAGAGUACGCGGAGCUCUAUGGCAAACGCGGGACAGCAGCUGAUGCGCGGGAGUACCUUUUUGCACAGAGGUACAGCCACUUGAAGAUGAAGGAAAGAUUGAGCCCUGAUAGUGUUUAUGUCACACUUGAUGUGCGCCGUCACGAAUCAUUCGGCCCCGACACGAAGGAGGCCUGCUUGAAUUAUGUUGCGUUUCUUGAUGCACUCGAUGCGGAAUACGACAUCUUCACAACAAACGCAAACUCUGUUAUUUCUGUGGACGAGAGCUGGCUUCGGGCCGAUGCCACCCGUACCAAGGGAUUGACACGCCGUGGUGCAUCGCGCAGCAGUGCCUCCGCGCCACGCUGCACAGUUUCCUUCUUCGCGGCGCUCACAUAUGGUGGAAAACUUGUUUUGGCUCGUGCCAACAUCGGCAACAGCACAGGCGAGGAUACAAAGCGCUACAUUGAGGAGACCAUCACGGCGUGGCGCCGCAACGAAAAUUCUAAUCGCCAGCUCGUGAUCACGUUGGACAACGCCCGCCAUCAUCACCGUGCCCUUGAUUUGCUAUGCGGAGAAAAUGAAGUUGAGCGUUGUAAGAAGACUUUUGUGCGUCCCGGUGGCCAAGACAACCCCGAGGACCCCCAAUAUUGUCCAGCAACCUACUAUGAGCUGGAUGCGGAUCGGUAUGGAGGCCCCGUGACUCUUGUACUGACCCCCGAGCAUCAGCCUGACUUUGCCCCGAUCGAAACUGUGUUUGGGGCUGUCAAAUAUGCAGCCGAGGGCAUUCGUCCGCAAAGCUCGUGGAGUCUCGGUGCCUCGCGUCUUGACCAGCGCUUGGAAAAGAUUGUCGAUGUCGUAUUUCACAGCUAUCUCACCGAGGACAUGAUGACCGAAGCUGUCCACGACACGAUGCAUUAUAUCGAUGCUUGGCGUAGCGGUGCAGCCACUGAAGACAAUGUACGUGCGCUCCGAGAUGCGCAGCGUGCGAGAGACAAGAGCGCCUAUACGGAGAUCAGUCGGGCCAACGGUGGCAUUCUGCGUGGCUGGGGCAAUGAGCAGUUCAGGCUCGUCCCACUCAUGGACCCAAACAUUCGAAGCGAGUCCCAGCGCCGCAGAUACAAUUCAAGGCGAAUGCAACAAGCAAGUCACGAGGACGAUGCAAACAUGGCAGAGUUUGACGCUCGGACAGCCAAUAAACGCGUUCUCCGACAACGAGACGUUGCGCGCAGUCAUCGAAAGUGA